AUGUCGCCUGAAAAUUAUAGUUAUGCCGCCGGAAUCUUUAUUAGCGGUAAUGUACAGAGAAAUGAAGGUGAGUAAAUUAGUUUAAUAUUAUUUCUUUAAGCCAUGCUGAGACGAACGAAGGUAAUUAAAUCGGAGAAACAAAAACUGCCUAGAAUCUUCUAUAGGUUGAGGAAGUGUAAACAUUUCUAGAUGACCGUUCCAUGCAUGUACAAUCAGUCUGAAGCUUAUUUAAUAAAUUCUUUACGAUUUUCUAAAGUUUAAUUUUUUUUCAUUUCACUCCCCAGGUUAAGCUAUUUUUCGUAGAGAAAGGAAUCCUAAAAUUUUCGGAACCGAAAAUACGAUAAAAUUCUCACUUUCCUAAGACUUUCAAUUGGAAGCUAAAUUUUUCGGGAAAAUAAUGCUGAAGCCCUUGUAAUUUCGAAAAGACUGAAGUUGUCUUGGCUUGCCUGGACCUAUUACUUUCAGAGAGAGAAUUGGCCAACGGCAACACAGCAGGAACUUUUGGCUUCGAAAAGCUAUAAUGAAGAAAAGAUGCGAUUUCUGUCAUCAAACUUGCGCCAUAAGUUCGAUUUGAUUUUGUAGACUAUUUCUUUAGAAAUUAGUUUCUGUGUAAAAAUUUGGUUGUAAAUAUAAAAGCGACUGUUUUUUUUUAUGUCUUAUCUUAAAUUCCGCUUUGUUUUACAUGUAAUUUAGUCCUCAAGGCACUACCAAGUUUCAGGAGGGUAACAAAUCCAGUCGUGCAUAAACGUAAAAUAGGCAUUUAAAAGACGCACUAAACUAGCGCGACAUAACAAAAAAUUAUUCUCGCGCCGCUAAAAUAAUAGUCUGCUAAACAGCCGUUCUCAGUCGAAGGAGGGUUGCGUGACGAAACUAAAACGGUUGUGUUGCAGACUACUCAAAGACACUUAAAUAAUUUUAGGCCGUAAUACUUCUGAUGACGCUAAAUCGGUCUCCGUAACUUCAUAGCGCGAAUGUUUGUUUAGAUGGUUCUAAAACAGACGGCAACCACAAGAAAGACAACAGGAUGAUUACGGAAUUUGGACAAUAAGACUGAAGCAUACGCGAUGUAAUAUUUCAAGAAAAACAAAUUUACAUACAUUAUUUUAAUACCGGUUUCGCUUUUUGUGUUAUUGCCGGCCGAAUCAAUUAAGCAACAUUGAAACCGUUUUGGAAUUUUGGUAGCUUAUAGAUAACACGCCUUGCGUGCUUUUGCGUACACUGAAAGCGUGUCAGUGUGCUUUUUCGCGCGGUGCUUUUGUUUGAAAACUUUAACACGCCCUUUUGUUCGACAUGCUCACGCUUAAUUGUCUCAAGCGUGUCCUCUGAAACAAAAGAAAUUGCUAACGAGGCAAGAUUGCAAGCGUGCUAAAGCGGGUUAAAAUAAAUUCUUUUGUUUUAAAUUGAAAGCGUGUCGUGCGCGUGCUUUCACCUUUAGCAUUAAAAUCCUGUGGAGGGUCAGUUUUGCCCUAAAGAAUCCCCCCCCACCCCCCCCCCCCUCCCAAAAAAAAGAAAGAAACACAGUAGAUAGAUUUCCUGGUCUAAAACCCUGGCUGUGUUACAUUUCAGGCAAAUACUGAAAAUUAAAUUAAAUUAAAUUUUCACGCAGAAAAGGAAGCGUAACGACCGAGAAUGACUCGCAUACUAAACAGCCUAUCAGUUACAUGUAAACCAAAAUACUAAUUCCACUCUGCACGUAUUAAACACACAAUUGCUUUCAGGAAUACUUGGUGUCAUAAUCUUUCAAAAGCAUCUCACAAAUAAUAAUAAAAUAAUGGCGAACAGAAAUCAAUUGCUACGCAACCGAAGAGAAUUCACAAUUGGGCGUUGCCAACAGGUCUUAUUCACGGUACCCGCCAUCCACUUUGCACUCGCUUAGGAGUGAUGAGACAAAGAAAAAUUAGCCAGGUUUCUCACGGUCGAGUUUGUUUAUUCUAAGAAACAAAAAACAUAAAGAACUUUUCAUCUUAUAGACGAUAAUAAAAAAUUAUGGGUGGAAGUGAUCAUUGUUAACUUCUUUCGAUACAGUAGCGACGGCCGUAGAUGACCUCACAGCAAACAAUAAUGACGUAAAUCUUGUCGACACUGACGAACUGAACAUUUUGCAUGACUAUCAAAUGGUCGUCUCUUUUUUCAACUGUGCGCCUACCUUUGAUUUCAAACAGAACGUUUCGGAAUAUUGUUUUGUUGCAAAUAUAAUCGUCCCGUGCUUGAAUUGAAAUUUUGCAUUUUCAUCAAACAAAAAGUCCAAGGGGGAAGAGAUCCUAAGACUUCGUAAGAUCUGUCGCAUCAUCUUAAUGAAGUUUCUUUCUUCUUCUUUUUUUUUUCAAAAUCCUUUGCAUUUAGGUGGCGGUAGCGGGGGUUGGGGUAGCUGGGGUGGCAAUCACCACGGAGGAGGACAUGGUGGAGGCAGCCAUCACGGAGGUGGAUACGGUAGCUGGGGUAACAAUCACCAUGGAGGAGGACAUGGUGGAGGGAGCCAUCACGGAGGUGGAUACGGUGGCGGCAGACACCAUGGAGGUGGAUACGGUAGCUGGGGACGCUGAAUAG